AUGGCGGCGAAGACUCCCGUAAAGGACAUGGCUGACGAAGAAGGUCUCUCUUUUUUCGUUUCUUCUCCAAUUGAAAUGUCUUUCGUCGAAGGAUCAACAACAAUCGCAACCUUAUAUUUCUCUGGUGACAUAUUUUCACUCAAAUUCGGGUUGUUGUUGGUGGUUUCUUCAGAUCUGUUGCUUUGUUUGGUUUUAAGAGCUGUUUGGGAAGACAGCCGGUCGUUGUCGAGCUCAACUGGUUGUUGCGCUCAGAUGUUCGAGUUCGUGGUUGGUUGGGGCUUCGCAACCAGAUUGCUUCUCCGUUUGGUUCGUUUGAGAGUACCUGAGAGGACUCUAUUUCUGUCGUGGGAGGCCAUCGGUCGUGUGGUCAACAUUUCGACUAUUGCGUGGUUAGUCAUCGACGAAGCAGUGGAAUGCGCUUCAAAGAAGACAUCAUAUGGGUUGUCAUAUGAGACACACUCCAACUUGAGGGUGGGGGUGGGGGGAGGUAAUAUGGUAGACGAGGUCAAUCUUGGAGCUGCUGAAGGCGCUCAGGAUGUUGUGAAGAUCAAAGAGUUGCGAAAAGCGCUCAAGUCGUUGUUGAGGAUCAAAGCAGAAGGCGCUUCAAGUUCUGAUUUUUUUUUGUUUUCUGGCAAGUUGGGUGUUCUUGAUAGAUACACUCCAACUUGA